AUGCAACAACAUAUGGGAGAUGUACUCUUUUAUUUCAAUAAUUCUAUACAAUCUUGCAAACUUAGCAGAGAUUUUAAAUAGUUCAAAUCCAACAUUGAGAAGGUAAUUGGUUAAAACAAAUCCAUUAACGAAACUUACUUAUUUCAAUAUCUUGAUGUCGAAUUCAAUCUGAUAUCAUUCACAGAAGUCAACUAUCAAUAAACAAUUCUUAAUGACUAUCAAAAUAGAAGAGUCGAUGUAAUGAUUUUAAGAGAAUAUAAUGAGAUUGAUAAUCUAAAAUUUGAUGAUAACUACAAUGACUUGUAUUUGAUGAUUGAAUAGUACCAUUAUGAAUAAUAAUUUUCAAGAGAAAGUUUUAAAACUUUGACCAAUUUACCAGCUUCUCGUUCCAAUUUGCAAUUCAACCGUAGAUCUUAAAUAUUAAAUAAAUUAUCAGAAUAAUAAAGCUUGCAUAAUGAUCAAUCCUAAAAUGAAAUUGAUCAAUAAAUAUCUUUAUAAACUUCAGAUAAAAAAUAAGGAUAUUUUGAUGGAAACUUAUAGUAAAACAAAAGUAUUAACGGCCAACAAGAACUAAAAGAAGAGAAUUAAAGUAUAGAGUUUCAACCCGUUUAACCUAAUCUUGCAUUUGCUAAUCCAUUUUCACUUACAAAGAAAGAGUCAAGGCCUGAAAUGUAAAGAAAAAUGCAAUAGAUUGUCUAAGCAUCUUUAGAAUCAUUAAAAAAUUAAGCACAAGCUGAUACAAUCUACAACUAAUAAUUGAUGCCUUAAAAAGACGUUACAAAUGAUCCAUAAAGCAAGAUAUUUAAGGAAUAGUAGAUAACAAAUGAAAAGCAAAUAGCUAUCACUGAAGGAUAGCUUGAUGCUCAGCUUGCUAAGAAUGAAGAAAGAAAAAUAUCUGUUAAUCAAUGUAAAUUUGAUAAAGAUAAUUCGUAAUUAAGCUAGAUUUCCUAUGUGAAACCCUACGAGGUAACUUACCCAAACACAUUUUAAUUUGGGAAAAAUAAAAACACCAAGUUAAUUGAGAAAUAACAUGUAGUCAUAAAAUAAAAUUCCAACAAAAAAUAAAAUUCUGAAAUUAAAUUAGAUACAAACCUUAUAAAGCAGUCAAACAAUAUUCAAGAAAGCAAUAAUUUAUUUUAAAGCAUAAGCCAGUCACAACUUAGUUGUUUGAAGUGCAGUUCCUUGUAGAAUUAGGAAGAGGAGAAGUAAUUUGAGAAAUGUAAUUGUGAUAAUGGCUUUAUGAAAUUGCAGUAACAGAAUGAAAUAAUUUAGACUUUCUUGACUUAACUUGAGCAGGUAAUCAAAUAAAAGAAACAUGAUAAGAACAAUAAUUCAAGACUAAUUGUAACUAUACUUAAAGAUAAACAAGUGAAAUUCUAAAUUGAGGAGAGAUCAUUGUUUGAUUCAGAUAAUCAAUUCGAUAACUCUGAGAUUCCUCCUAAAUCUAUUUAGAAAAUUAGUUUUAACUUGAAUUAGUAAAGUAGUGGAACUGUUAUCUUAAGGUAAACCUCUAGUAUUGCUUCUUAAUUAAGUUAAUCUCAGUCAUGUAAUGUUUUGCUGAGUACUGAAUAAUACAAAUUCGAUCUGAACAGCAACUACACAAAUCCACUUAAUUCUGUAUAAAGUUCAACUGCUGUGCUAAGAAUGUCUGUGCAUAGAGGAUUUAAAUGUAUGCAUUGUAAUGAUUUCAUCUAUGGAAUUAGAUAUUAAUGUUAAAUAUGUGCAAACUAAUCUAUCUGUUAAAAUUGUGAAGGUAAUGGUAGUCAUUAGGAUGAUCAUAUCUUACUUAAAAUAAAAAAUCCAAUUAGCAUUGAAGGCUCUGCUUAAAUUCAUAAAGAAGUUUCAAAAGAGGAGGAACCUGAUAAUGAUUCUAAAUCUACUGAUUAAAUAGUGAAAGAUAACAAUGAUAAUGAUUGUGAAAUUUUUAAAAACGAAUAAAAUCAAGUGCAAUAUUUUAAACUCUCAAACUCAUUAAAUACUAAAAGAGACAAGGCAAAAGCUAAAUUGUAAUAAAUUUUGGAAAGUAAAGAUGAAUAAGUUGAGACAUCUAUCCACGCUUAAUCUGAUAAGAAAAAUGUAAAUUUCAAGAAGGAAAAAUAGCUGAAAUUUUAAAUUAAUGAAGAAAUAUAAGAUGAUGAGGAAUUGAAUGAAGAUCUAGUUCAUGAAAUAAGCUUUAGCAAAGAGCCUUCAGUUUUUAAUAUUGAUACUAGCAUAAAACGAUAAUCAGACAUAUCUAUCAACAAUAAUAGAUACACUCCUAGAAUCACGAAUGAUUAUGAAGAAGACAGCUGUGAAGAUGAUGAAUAGAAUUUCUUCAACUUACCUGAGAGAGAUAAAGAUAAUUAGCUAGAUGAUGGAGGCUAAGAUGAGUCUUAAUUUGAGGAUAUGUUUUAAAAAGCAAAUUCUAUGGAAUCAGACAAUCAGGAUGCCACUGCAAAUAAUGAAAAUUAAAAUGAUUUAGAGAAAAAAAUAGAUACCAACAAAUAAACAACUGAUUAAUACGAUAUAGAUAAAAUGGAAUAAAAAAAUGUAGGAAAAUUAGUUAGAUUGAAAUAAAACAAGAUAAUAGAAAUCAUUGAAAGAUAUGAGUAGCAAAGUAAGUAAUUGAAAGAAUUAUUCUUAAAUGGAUAACACAUACCAAAGGAUCUUCGAUUUAUUGAUGAGCCCUAGAAUUAAAAUAAUGUAGAGAGAGAAUAUUUAAACUAGGGAAUGAUUUUAUGA